GUUAAUUCUGUUCAGAUUUAGGCAAAAAUGUAGUCCAACUAGCUCUUAAGAAAUAAAAUGUGCGAUUUUUCUUCCUUCAUUAUUAUUAUUAUUAUUAUCAAAAUUAAACGACAAAAAUUUCUAAACAUGACGGAGAAAUUACAUUAGUUUGUCGCUGCAAUGAGACUUUUAGACAUGAACUUUUGUUUUUGCUACCGAAGUCCAACAAGAAUUGGCGUUUGCCCCACUAUGCCCUGGAUCCCGAUGUAAAUUGAGCUUGAGCUUUAUCAUAGGCUAAAAUAUCAAUCAUAAUAUAUUCAUACAUAUGUUUCCUUACGUCAUUGAUAUACAAGUCACUUAUUUUUUUUUUUUAGUUAGGUUAUUAUAUUCAUUUUAAUGAUGAAUCAUUAAUUGAUCGAACCGCAAACUCAUCGUGAAUCAAUGAUGAAUGAUUUAAAUCAAGAAGGAUGCGAAAAUGACACUGAAAAUUCAUCUAUUAUUGACGAAUUUAGGAGAAACAGAUGCAGAUUACAUGAAUACUCUGAUGCAACCGGAGUGUACAUCGACCUUCUUCGAAGAUCUGGUCAAACAGUAAGAACAGCAGAAGGAGCUGUAGUCAAUGAACCUGGACAGAAUUUGUUAGCUGAUACUAGUUCUGCAAACACUAACAGAGCAUCAAUUUCACAAUUGAUUAGAAAUCAGGAAGCCAAUGAAAACAAUGAAUCAAGACUAAUACCUGAAAUUGAAACUGAUCAUGGGGAAAAUUCAUUGAUACUAGAGCCAUUUACUGUGAUAUCAGUAGAUGAUGUUAACAGUACACACAACCAGCCUUGUGUGGUUCAGAAUGGUCCACCACCUUCCUAUACAUCUUUGCCACCACCCAUUCCAGCUAUUGGGCUGCCACCAAUUAUUCAUCCACUCCCUCCUCCAACCUAUGAACAAACAUUUGGUUUACGAUAUCUAGACAGGGAUCAGCCUGUUCUAGUUUUUAAUACAGAGAAUAUGUGGGGUUACAGACCACAAUUAGCUUACUGUAUGUCAUGUAAUGCAAUGGUACUUACGAAUGUUAAUACACAGUAUUGCCAAGCAACUCAUCUUGUUGCUAUUUUAUCUUUUGUUCUCUGCUGCUGGCCUUGUUGUGUUCUUCCAUACUUCAUACCUGCUCUAAAAGAAGCUCGCCAUCAUUGUCCAGCCUGUAAUAGUCAUCUUGGUACAUACCAUCCUUUCACAAGGACUGAAUAAGCUAUAUUAUUUAUAAAAAAAACAGGUAUCAUUUUAAAGAUACCAGACGAUCAUUAAAAACAUCCUUGAAAUAAAUCUUUAAUAACUGUAUAAGUGUAUUUUAUUUUUGUUAACAUACAUUAUAGUAACUCCAUUUUUCUUUUCAUUAUCAACUGCACAGAAGUCCAUUUCUGAAAAAUGUAUAUUUCUUAAAUAGGUAUUUCCUAAUAAUUGAAUUUACACUGCACAGCAAAAAUACCAAAAAGGCAGACCCAUGUAUUAUUAAUUUAUUCUGUCAAUAGCAAUUUUUUUUUCUAGAGUGUUUGUAUUUCUUUUUUCUUUUUUAAAGAUUUAGAAUUUGUGGUUAUUAAAAAAAGUAUAUUCAAGACCUGUAUUCAAUUAUUUAAUUUAAAAGCAAUGUCAUAAUCCUGAUGAUGCCUGAAUGUGCGAAGCAUUAUCUGGUAAGUUAUAUAUUUACAUAUUUUUUUCUUAGUCUUGUUAUGCUUCCUUGAAAGUUUGUUUAACACUUCAUGCAAUUUAAAAGCAAAUAAAUCAUCUUCUAUUUUACAUAUUUUUAUGUAUUUGGAGCAUAUUCACAUAUUAUCAUCUAUAUUUAUACAACAAAGGAAAUUCACAUUUAAAAGUAAAUAAGCAGAAUAUAUUUUUACAUAUAAAUAAGAAAUUCAGUGAAUUAUGGGGUUGAAAAGCGCCCUAAUUGCAUGAGCUUGAAAUUUUAUCUAAUUAGAAUUAUCUUAAAGGUCUUUCCCCUAUCAAUUUAAUUUUCACCAUUCAGAAUUUAUCAGACUGGAUGUCAAGAGGUAUCCUAGCUAACUUAUUUUGUUUAAUCUGUAAAAUGCCCAAGUCAAAUGAAUCUGUAAAGUCUUAGCGUCAAAAUACAUUCAUAAAUUUCUCAUGUAAAGAAAUAAAUGUAAAGUAAAAAACCACAAUAUUUAAGAAAAUAAAAACAAUUUUGAAAUCAAUAAAUAUAGUGCAAUUUUUGUAAUUAAUAUAACUAGAAAUUUUGUUUCAACUAUUGAUAAUGUUGAGAAACAUUGUCUAAUUACUGACGUUGAGAUUUUGUUUUAUUUUUCUACCCCACAAAAAAAAAAAUGCAUUAAUGUCCCUUUAUUCAUAGUUAUUAAUUAUUGUUUCUACAUUCAAAUUGAGUAAUAAGAACAUAAAUACAUAUGUUAAAUUAUUAAACAAUUUUUAAUGUUAAUUUAUAUAAAAGUUUUGCAAUUUUUUUUCUUAAAUAUUUUUCUUUUGUAUUCAUUUCAAUUCUGUCAUUUGCAUCAAGUUUUAGGAUAUCUUAAAACGCACAGUUCUUACAUACUUUUCAUAUUUCUUUUUACAAAUUUCUGUUAUAUAUUACAUAUUUAAUGUCAUAUUCAUCUUUUUUUUUUUAAUCCUAGUUACUUUUAGAAUUUUUUAAAAUCUGGAUUCCAGCUAUUAAUUAUAAUCUAUGAGAUUGCUUUUAUUUUUUUAAUCUCUAAAAAUAUUCUAAACCUAGGAAUUUUACUUAAAGUAAACUGAUUACUCAAAUAUUGCAAUAUGAAUCUACAGUCAUUGUUUUAUAUUAGCGAAACCACAUCAAUUUUCAAAUGUUCAACUAUCAUUAUUAUUUUACUUCUCUUAUGUAACCAAAUCAGGAAGUAAAGACAUAAAAAUAAAGGUCACCUGAUAUGAGGUCAUAUAAAUAGAAAUAGGCCUUUUCAGAAUCCAUAGAGUGCAUGUUUUUUUUAAUAAGUUCAGCGAUUUGAUCUAUCUGACCACAAUUACUCUAUUUUAUACCUAAAACUGCCUGCAUAAUAAUUUAUAAUAAUAACUUUCAUCUAUUGAAAGAAUUUUUAAAAUUAAAAGGCACAUUUAAGAAUUAUAUCUGUCAAAUAACAAAGGUUAAAAAAAAAAAAAUUCAUAAUUUAUUAUUUUAAUAUUUACCAAAGGCAAAUAUUAAUUAUAUUGUAAUAAUACACAAAUUACACAGCUUAAUGAAAGACUUGUGCUUUUCUAAAUGCUUAUAUAAACUUCUUUGGGUAUACAAUGAUGACAUUUUAUGAAUAGUAAUAUUAUAUACGUAAAAAUUUUGAUUAUAGUUUGGUUUAACACUCUUGCUAUUAUAAAAAUAACUACUAUUGCCAAAUUUAGUAGAUAAUUACAAACUUUACACAUAAAAAUAUACAUAGUUAUUAAAAUAAUUCUCAAAUACUUCCUGCUUAAGUAUUUACAGAAAAAUAAGUGGUAUUAAGUUAUACAGAAUAAUUUUUUAAAAUAAAAUAAGAAAUAUAAUAUAAUUAGUAAACAUCAAUAAUCAUAAUAAUAUCAAUUUAACUGUAGUAGACACCGAGCCUUGCUGAACAAUUAGGGCAAGUAUGUUCUACACUUUCAGGAUCACAGCAGCAAUAUGGCAGACAAGAACACAAUGUACAGAUUCUGAAAAUGAAAGUAUUUUGAUUAUGGGUCAGUAAAGUAUCAUUGUCAACAUUUAGUAGCAAUUUUAAUCAGAAAUAUAUAAUUAAAAAAUAUGAACUAAAUUAAACGAUAAAAAUUAAUGUAACAUAGUUAUCCAUAAGGAGAAAAUGAAAUAGCAAAUGAAUGAUACAAAAUUUUGAAUCACUUAUGGCCAAGAAUAGUUAAUUAAGGUUUUUUUUGUUUUAAUAAGUAAAGAAAUACUUGAUAAAAAUUACUGAAGAAUAUGAAGUUUGUUUUAUAUUACAUUUUUAGAAUCACUAAAAAGAGAAUUAUAGUGUCUUUUCUUUAAAAAACUGAUUUAAAAAUUAUCUGAAAAGUAUUAAUUUAAUUGUUACAUGGUUACUGUAAAGUAUUACCACAUUUUUUUUUUUUAUUUAAGUUACAGGAAUAUAACCCUCCGAGGGGUCUGAUAAGAAGAUGGCUUCGGGACUUUCUAAUAUACAACUUUAAUAAUGGGUAGUUUCUCUUCAUGUUGCACAUGUCACGUUACCAAUGUCUCAUUUACUUGUGUAUUUUUCAUGUAACACAGUUGUAAAUGCCAUUAAAAUAAACAAAAUAAUAUAAAAAAAAGUUAUAGAAAUAUAACUUUAAUGUGGAUUUAUGUAAAACAAAUUGGUUUCCUCCUAUCUCAAACGAACAGUGGAGGUUGGAACAUACCAAGAUAAAAGUAUAAUUGCAGUAUUAUUUGAUUUUAAAUACAUAGUUGUAAUCUAAUAUUCAUAUUUAAUUAAUGAAGGUAAACAUGAAUCUCAGCACCCAUUCUGGCCUCUUGUCAUUCAGAACAUUAAAAUAAAUUUAUUUCAAUAGCAAAUUAUUUAUGAAAGGUGCUAAAAUGUGUUUCAUCAAGAAUUACUUCAUUGGUGUUUUGGACAAUGAAUCCUACGAACUAAGAUAGAAAUAAAGCUUUUAUUUUAUUUUAAACUUUACACUUUUGAGAAAAAAAUAUUGUAAAGGGAAUUCACCAAAGUCAAAUCUAUGACCUUUUCGAGGACGUGGAUAUUGAAAGCUUUGUGAAAGUUAGAAGGUACAGAUAGCUUUUCUGCAGCAUAUUUCGCGAGAAUGGAUAACUGAGAAAUCGGAUAAAAAUUUACUACAGAGGUCCUUCAUUUAAGCAGAACAGUGAGGAAUUCAACCUUCAAUAGCCUGACCAUGUCUACACAGAUGGGAGAAAUCAACUCAAUAAAUCUGAAUGGAUGGCUGCAGCACACGACAGAAAUCCUGAAUCAAUGAUUUAUCACUGCGCCAUAUAUGGUGUUGUAUCAUGGUAAUUUACGACAGUUUAUUUAUACUAUUUCCUGUAAUCAGUAUAUACUAAUCAAAGUUCCUAACUCUAAUUAAAUUUGACAAUUUUCUUCCUAGCAUUAUAUAUAUGUGUGUGUGUGUGUGUGUGUGUGUGUGUGUGUGUGUGUGUUUUUGUGUGUGUGUGUGUGUGUGUGUGUGUGUGUGUGUGUGUGUGUGUGUGUGUGUGUGUGUGUUUGUUUUUGUAUGUGUGUGUAUAUAAAAACUACUACCAGAAUAGUGAAUUUCGAUAACAUAACAAUAACCAUAUCAUGUUUUUACUUACACACUAAAAAACAUGCAGCAACAACACAGAUGUGUACAAGUCUUAUUUGUUCUGGUUGUAACAGUAGUAAUCCUCACGUUACAAUGAGGGCAAGUCAUAGAAACAUUAUCAGGCCCAAAAACUGCAGGACCUAAAACAAAUUGUGUUGUUGACAUUAAAGCAAGUUUAAAGCAUUAAACAAUCAUAAUAAAGAACUUUCUGUUAUAUUUAAUUAAUAACCAAAUCCAAUUUUAGAAUAGAUGCCAAUUCUUUCUGUUCAAACUAUUAACAUUGUGGCUUUUAGUUCUGUCAGAAAGAUGAGCAUGGUAAAGUUAUAAAUAAUAAGCUUUUGAUUUCUUAUUCUUGGAUACCUUAUCAAUAUCCCACAUGAUCUAAUGAUCCUAAUGUCUAUUGGCCCAAAAGUUUUGCAUAUUUUUAAGGUAAAUCAUAUAAGUUAACAGCCAAGAGUAUGUCCAUCUCUUUUAGACAUUUUUGAUGCAGAAGGGGGCUCCCCCACUGGUUUUACUAGGUAAAAGAUAGAAUGACAUACAGUUUCUUCAGACCUGUAUAAAAUAGAAAGCUACUUCCAAACCUAACAUAAAAGCUGGAGUAGGUUAGGGAGCAGGCUAACAUGUUGUGUAAAACACUUGCCCAGAAACAUGAUAAAAUGAAGAUUCAAAUCCAAGUUCCGUGGAGACUUUUAGCCCUAGCAUUAAUCUCCUGCCCUCUCCUCUGGCCUGAGAAAAACUUUGCAUAGCUGAGAUGGGAAAGAUGGCAAGAAAAAAAAACAUAAAAUCUGACAAAAUACUUCUUAUUCCUUUUCUUUUUUUUUUUUUUUUUUUUAUAUUGCUCUACAGCCUGAGGUGGGCCUUGGCUUCCUGGAUUAUAGCAUGCCAAUCAUCUCUAUUCUUCGCCCUAUCCUUCCAGUUUCUCGCAUCCUGUGUUUUAAAGUUCCUCUCAACAUCCUGUAGCCAUCUUUUCCUCGGCCUUCCUUUCCUUCUUGUGCCAUACAUUGUAGAAAACAAUAUUCUAUAAGACAAACUGCUGCUCUCUAGUCCAGCCAUGUGGCCUAAGCAUUCUAUGUGCUAAGUUUUAACAAAAUGAACUAUGUCGCUGCUAUUAUGUAGCUCAUUUAGCACUGAAUUUUUUCAAUAUUUCCACAUAACCUCUUCACAAACAGCUCCAUAAAUUCUUUCAAAAAUAUUCAGCAUACUAAUUGUGCUUGUACAAAGGGUCCAUAUUUCCGCUGCAUAAGUCACAAUAGGUCUUACCAAAGCCUUAUAUAAUCUUAUCUUUGUUUUUCCUGACAGGAGCAAUGAUUGAAAGAAUUUUUGGUUGGUAUUGUACGCCCAGUUUUCAGCCAUGAUCCUCUUGCUUACCUCAGCAGAAAUUUUAUUUUCAAAAUUCACCUCCACUCUCAGGUAAGUAUUUUAUAUAUUUUGAUACACUCGAAGAUGAGACCAAAUAUUUCAAUGCUGUGAGGAGCAGCCUCAUUGUCGGCCUUGACAUAAAUGUAUUUUGUCUUCUUUUGAUUAAUUUCCAGCCCAGCAUUUUCACUUUCGGAUUUCAAUAUUGCAAAAAUUUUCUUUAUUGACCUCAAAUUCCCGGUAAUUAGGUAUAUAUCGUCUGUGUAAGCACAUAUUUGCACCAUUGCGUGAAGUAUGCAACCAGAUGAAUCCAGUUUUUUUUAAAACAUUAUUAAGUGCAAUAUUAAAGAAUGUAGCAGACAAAGCAUCCCCUUGCCUAACCCCAGCUGUCAUUAAAAAAAUAUUGCUUACAUUGCCAUUAAUAAUUACUUUUACAUAGCUAUUAUUCAUUGUCAUUUGCAAUAACCUUAUUAAUUUUUGUGGAAUUUGGGACUCAUGUGUGGCAUUUAUUAAUUUGCUUCUUAUCACUCUAUCUAAAGAUUGCCGGUAAUCUAUAAACAACAUAUGCAGGUCAAUCUUAUAUUCCCAAGUUUUUUGCAAUAGCUGCCUCAUUACAAAAACUUGGUCAGUUGGUCCUCUCCCCUUCAUAAAUCUACAUUGGUAUUCCUCCAGUAUGUUCUCAGCAAAUACAUUGAGCCUGACAGAGAGGAUGUUUGUAAAUAUUUUACAGACUACAGCCAACAGGAGAUUUCCUCUGUAAUUCUCUCAUUAGAGUUUAUCUCCUUUUAUUUAAAAGUUUAUAUCGGGCAGAUCAAACUGGUGUACCACUCCUGAGGCAAGAUUUCACUACUACAAACAUCCUCCAACAGCACAUGUAUUUGGCUUAUCAAUUCUUCUCCUCCAUAUUUAAAGAAUUCUGCAACCAGCAUAUGUUCCCCAGGUACUUUGUUAUUUUUUAAUUUUCAAUUGCAUACUCUUAUAUCGACAAUGGCUCCGGAUCAUCAGCACACCCUUCCUCAUCACUGCCAAUCAUUCAUUCAUUACCAAUGGAGUUAAGCAAUUCUGUGUAGUUCUCUUCCCAUCUACCUAGAACUCGAGGCUCUCAACUACCACAUCAUUUUUAUCUUUGCAUCCGUCCAUUUUUUACAGAAAACUCUGACUCAUACAUACACUUAACUGCUCCAUGAAAUUUCCUUCUUUCAUUUGUUGCUCUCAAUUCUUCAAUCUGUUCUAUUUUACUUUUCAUAAAUCCUGUUUCUUAUUUCGAAUAACAAUCUUUGGUUUUUUCCUACUUUCUCUAUAAGCUGCAGAGGUUUGUCUUGUAGAGUGCUGCAUCAAUUCCUCUUUGUAUUUCACUUAAUCGUUAGGUCUGUUAAGUAUUGUAAACUUUAUGGUCUUUUUAACAUUCUAUAGACAACCUUAGAACUUGCUAAAUUGGUGGGUUUGAUCAGAACUGAGUUCUGAUGUCCUCCAGCUUUGAGCAUGUCUAAAGAAUAUGCCCUAUGUUUUAUUUCCCAGUUCUACAUCUGUAAAGAGAGCUUUUUCUAAUACUGAAUUUCUUAUAAGAUGCACUCAGCGUGUUAUGACCAAUCUUAAUUCAUUACAGGACAAAUUGCUCUUAAAUUUAAGUUUAUUAUAAUUUAAGUUUAAUAUCAAAUACAAGCCUAAAUUACAUUAAAAGCAAAUGAAGCAAUAAUGAAAUUUGGAUUAAAUCCUUAAUAGCUUUCAAAUGUCUCUUAAAAUUAACAAUAAUGUUAGAAAUAAAAAUAAAAUGUCAGAAGAAAAAAUUAAAAUAAAUACAAUCUAUUCUCUCUUUGAAUAAUUGAUUUCAAGUAAAUUAGUCAGAAUUUAGAAAAGUAAUUUGCAAGAUAUUUCUGAAGCUACAUUUAUUUUGAAGUUAAAACAAAAUUAUUUUUGUCUGUUAAAUGUCUAAAAUCAGACUAUUAAUAAUUUAGCUGUUUCUCUAUAGAGACAAAUUUACAACUCAGCCACAAAGUUAAUUUUUUGAAGAGGUUUUAUUUGCCUAAUUAGUUAUUAUUAUUUGAUUUCAUUUUUUUGAGGGGAGAGGAAGUUUGUUGGGGUGCAUUCAUAAAUGAAAUUAGAUACAGAUAUCUUACAGAAGUCCCUUUUUAUUGUGCUGAUGUUUUAGCACCUCAUCAGAGAAAAAAUGAAUAAAGAUAUAGGAAAGAUGUAAAGAGAAUAUAUACUAUUACAAGCAAUGAUCUGCCUACUGACUUCAAGUGAUAUAUUGUUUUGUGAGAUCAACUUGGAUCCCAGAUAUAAAGAAAUCUAUACAAUCUAGACCUCACAGGGGAUAAUGUCAAGGUAUAAGACAUGAUUUUCAUUAUUACCAAUUCCUACAUAUUUUGUUUUUGUUAUUAUUUUUUUUUAUUUUACAGCCAAACUAAAUUCUAUGGAAUGGAUGCUGUUUCGAAUUCCUUCUUUCAUGCAUGCUCAGGCCAUGCCAUAAUAUAGUUGAUAAGGGAACACAGUAAACUUCCCAUUUAAAUUUAAUUUAAAUAAAAAGCAACACAGCUGCGAUAUCGAGCAUACUGACUAUAUAUCUCAGAUGCUAGGGAGAGUCUGCCAUGACUGAAGCGUAGACACUCACACAGAAUAAAAAAUUCACUAGGCUAGCCAGUAAGAAAAUUAUGAAUUCAACUGAUUUCCUAAACAUGGAGCAAAAAACUACAGCUGCCGGCAAGGAGCCAAGAAAGGAAGAGAGAGAAGAUGAACAAGAACACUGACCAAUAUAAGAAAAGAAAAAAUUGUAGGUAUCCCAACCCACCUAUAUUCAAACAGUGUAUAGAUUCCAAAAUUAACUAAAAUAAAGCCAUCAAGUUUAUAUUACCACAUAUUUAGUCCACUAACUUUAAUUUUACAGUCCUAGCAAUAAAUUCUAUUACCUGUAUAAUUAUUAUGUCAAUAUCCCUGACAGCUGUUGAAGGGAAUGGCAUAAUAAAUUAAAUAAUAGUCAUAUGCUAGUAACUGUAUAACCCAAUAUAUGUUGUCUGUGUCGAUCUAAACACAUUUUUCCUCUAAAUUUAAUAUAUUUGUUCUCCAUUUUGAGCAGAAAGCAUGUUGAAAAACUUAAUUGAAGUAUUAAAGGCUGUUAACUUAUUGAUGAUACCCAGAGGAAGAAGAUGGUUUUCAGCAUCCAAUCUACCCACUAGUUAAAUAAUGACUUACCUAAAUACACUGCCUCACAGUAAUUCCACUUGUUUUUAUUUCAAGUUUACUUUUAAAAUAUCUAUGUUUCUUUAAUUUUAUGUAAAAUCCUAAUGAAAUGGGUUCCAAACAUUACCAAAAUGCUUCAUGUCCUAGGAUUGAAGAUUUUAAAAUAAUUUCAUUAACUUAUGUGUUUUAAUCUAUUUUCGUUUUGUUAGAAACACCAGAACUAGGCACCAUUAAUUUUUAUCUACUAAUUAUCAUAAUUUUUAAAAUAAAACUUGACUAACCAGUAUCAUCUAAGUGUUUCUGUCAAUAUUUGUUGUAAAUUUAUUAUUUAAUCACGAACUUGUGAGUUUCUAAGAAAAAUCUUUUAUUAGCAACUAAUUCAACAGAACAAUUUUUUAAUUUGUGUUAUUUAAUAAUAAUGAUUAUGUUAUUAGGUAAAGUUUUGGUGUUCUAGAAGAUGAAAAUAAACAGAGCAGGAUUUUAUAAUUUACAGAAUAGUCUUGAUAAUACGAGCCCCUAGUAAUCUAAAACCUCUGGUAAUUCGAACAAGAAAGAAAAAAAAGUUAAAGUUGUGUGUCGAGAGACAGAAUGGAAAUGGCCCUGCUUCUCAGUAUAUGUUACUGGAAUUGCUUUGUGUGGUUGUGUCAAACUCAUAUUGUGGUGCCUUUAAACGGAAAACAUUAAAACUAUGCUGUUAUCUAGAAGUUGAGAAAUCUUUUUAUAUGUGAUUUUUGCAGCAGAUGAGAUCAUGAAGGUGUUCAAUUUCAGAGAGUAAAUUAGAUGAAAAGUCAAAGAUUUUCUUUAACUUUUUUUUUAAGAAGGAUGACAAAGCAGAUUUUAAUGCCAGUAAGAUUUCAGGCUUGAUAAUUUCAAAAGCUGGUUUGGAAUAAGAUUUUUACAUUUUUUUUUUUUUUAUUUCACAGAAAAAUUUCUCUACAUCCAUUAUAUUUUUCAUUAUAGAUAAUUCAUAGAAACACCAUUAAGGCAUUUAAUAUUUUCUUAGAGAGGGCAGGAUACAACGUCGGCUACCGAAGCCUGCUACUUUUAAAGAAUUAGUUAAAUCAGACAUUUUCUUUAACAACAAUAUCAGAGACUCAAUGUAAACUUUGCAAUCAUUUUUUGAAAAAAUGUUUUUAUUAUAAUUUUUUUUUUUUUUUUUUUACAAUAUGUUUAUGUUUAAUUGAUAAUAGAACUUUAACUUUUGAUAAUCUGAACAGGCCAUUAUCAUGAUCGUCCUGUCCUAUAUUUAUUUUUAUGAUUCUAACUUGUUUUUAAUUAUUAGGAUAUAAUUAGAAGAUUUCAAAUAUAAAGAUUAGAAUCUCUAAAAUAUUGGUAAACCACCAGCCAGUAAACAUUUCUCAAAUUAAAGAGCCAUGGGACAGAAAAAAUCAGAAAAAAAAAUCAAAAGGAACCACCUUCAGCCACUAAAUUAACAGUUUUGAUUUACAAGGCAAAAUGGACUAGAUAAUCAUACAGUUGAAAUUGUCUGUUUCAGCAGAAUGUUAGUUUCAUAACAGAAUAGCAAACUUAGACCUCAGUUUGCCAAAGCUCUGGGAUCUACCGAAGAAUAUUAGGAAAUGAUAAUCACAUCUCUAUAAAGGAUUAAGCAAUUAUUCUUAUUUUCAAAAUUCAGCUGCAUUAUUAUUUAGAUUGAAUGAGCUAGGAAACAGAAAUACGAAUAAACCCAUGCCCACUUAGACAAAGAUUGUGAUAAUAAAGAAUUGCCUAGUAAGGAAUAAGUAAUAGCUUUUCCUCGUGCAAGAGGUAGAAUUUGGAAAGGAUUUCCGAAAAAAUCUGUCGGAAUAAACUUGAAGGAUUGGACAAAGAGCAGACAUUUUUCAGAAUAAAGCCUUGACCGGAGAGAUUUGGGAAGGCAUACAUCAUAGACUUUUGAGUAGAGAAAUUAAGAUUUCAGCAGACUGCUUCACUUCCUAAGAUAUUCAGAAUCUGCUAGUACCUUGACUUAAUGUUAAGUUUAAUGUUAUAAUAUAUGAAUUGAUAUCGUAAAUGACGUAAUAAUCAUGUUAAAAUAUUUAAUGUCAGUUUUCUAAUCAAUCUAUUGGAAUCAUUUCUGUACAUGUUUAACAAAUUAAGUUUUUAUGAAAUGUUGUUACUUUUAUCUUUCAAUAUAGUUUUUGUCAAAGCAAAGUAGCAGAUUUUAGCAAUCUACUAAUUAAUAAAUUUGAAUAACACAAAAACAUCUUCCAUAUUGAAUAUUUCAUACCAUUUUUCAUUAAUAGCAUAAAUUAAAAAAAAAAAAAAAACCUGUACCACUACAAUCCUUGAAGGGUCUUGCAUUCAGUACUUUUUAGGGAAAGCACUAUUUCUUGGUCUAUGGUUGUGGAAGGAUGUGAUUUGACAGAGAUCACUCUCAACCGCCAGGUUUUUCUCCUUAAUUAAUUAUUAUAAUUAAGGGUACCCACUUUAUAGAGGCUGGGUGUGCCCCAGGAGGAUCUACCUAAUAUUUUUUCUGCCAUGAGCCAGGAUUCGAACCUGGGACCUUUAGCAUUGGAAGCACAGUACCCUACCACUGAGCUAUCCCAAUCCCCAGCAUAAAUUAUAAUUAACUAUAAAAUGAAUAAUUUUGGAUAAUUAUCCUCAAUAAUUAUUCAAUGACAUAUCAAAUAUUGAAUACUACUAUCAUGGAUAUUUUAAGAAACCUUUUACUUAUAUUCAUACCCAAACCAAGUAUGUUUAAUAUCCUCGAGAGAGUGAUCAUGCAGGAUAGUGCAAGGCUUGAAUUUGAUCCUGUGAUCUUUACAUUACUAAAUCCAUAGUUCUGCUACAAAGUUAUUCUAAAACUCAUUUUAAAUAAAUAAACUUUUGUAAUAAUACCACAUUCCUACCCAAUCUUAUUAGUGGUUUACACUAAACUAAUUUAAAACAUAACUCCUCUAGUUAUUUAUUUUCCAAUAUUUCCUAUUUAAUUAGAAAAUUUCUGCUGUCAUUUAUACUAUUACUAAUGAAUCAUAACAAGUAUUUAAAAAAAUAAUAAUGCUUUAUUAUAUUAAAAUUUAAUUGAAAACAAAUAUUAAAUACAAUAACUUUCACUAAAAUCUUUGGAACGAUACUUCAUUCAUUCAUUACUAUUUUUGAAGAUUUAAAACAAAACAAAAAAAAAUUAAAAUACAUUGUCACUGGAGUCCUUAACUCAUUCACCAACGAUUUUAUUAUAACUUCAAAGUGUUACAAAUGCUGCACACUUAUUAAAAUAUUUAAGCAACAAUUUCUUAGGUGUCAUCACAAAAAAGAACAUGAGAUUUCUUUAUAUAUUGAAUGAAAUACAUAUAUUUUAUAAUUUUGCCAUUGAGUUUCAAAAAUAUUUACCCAUAAACCCACUUAAAAUAAAACUUAAAUCAAUUGUUUUAUAGAGAGAAGUUUCAAAAUGCAAUAUCUUCUAUUAAUACUGGUCCCAACUUUCAGAAGCUGGCAUUGCUGGCAUAGCUGAAACAUACAUUAUAUUGUGUCAGUAGCUUUAUGUUUUGCUGAUCAGGAAAUAAAAUGUCUUAAUACACAUAGUUAUAUGUUCAAUAUCUAACAAAUAUUUUGAACAAACACAAUUUUAAAAAUAUUUCGAAAAGGGAAAAAGACAAAUUAGAUUAAUUAAAAGUAAUAAUAAACAAGUUAUGAGCUGUUAGAUGCAUUAAUAUUAUUCAUUCACUACUGCAAACCUUUGGAGCAAAUAAAAUGUAAUAAAUAUUAAUAUUACAUUAAAGCAAUGUUGAUAGUAAAAACAAUACCAGAUGACAUUAAUUAUCACUAUCCUCUAAUACUUUGGGUAAAAUAUAUAUACUUCAUUUAAAUUUAAAGGGGACCUAAUUAAAGAAUUAUAAUAUUUUUAUUAGUUUUUCAUGUUUGACAAAUAAAUAUUUCAUUUGGAAACACAUAUUAAAUAUUAUAAUAUGUGAGUCCAUAUACUAGAAAUUAUCUAGGAUUAUGGGAGCUCUACAUAAAGAAGGAACAAAAAACACCUUUUUUUGGAUUUACAACUUUCAGAUAGCAUUAAAAAGUUGCCUUUUUAUAUAAAUAAAAACUUUAUGAAAUUUUGUUGUUCUACAUUUAUAUCUUUAGGUUUUUGUUCAAAAAAUUUCAAUUUUUCUCUUCUUUAGUUUUACAUUAUUUUUAUCAAAUAUUGGGUUAAUAACUAUCAACAGAUCCUUCUUUAUUAUAAUAACAAUUACAUGUAGUUUGGAUGUUAUAAAUUUACACAUGAAUUUUUUACAAAAUUUUAAUUAAGGGAUUUUUAUCUAAAGAUCAAAAUGUUAAUUUUGAGUUGAAUUAAUCUCUUGUAAUUAUUUUUCUUGCUUUCAAAUUGUUGUUCAAACAUAGUCCUUAAAAUAAUAAUAUUUAAAACCAGGGGUUGAAACUUUUAUGGAACUUUAUUAAAAGGUUCCAUUUUAAUAGUUAAUGUGAAACUUUUUAGGAAAGAAGUCCUUAAAAUAAAAUUUCAAAAGAACUUUUUUUAUUAAAGCUCUAGAUUUACAGUAUAAGUUUAACUUUUAUUUAUUUAAGUUCUUAAAAAAAAAAAAAAAAAGGGUUCCUUUGCAUGAGAAAUAAACAGUACUUGGGCUUAGAUUAUAAUUAUAAUUUGUGUUAAGUUAAUUAUAGAUGAUUCUUAUGUGUCAUUAAGGUUAAUCUUAUGUGUCAUCAAGUUAAUUAUAGAUGAUUCUGAUUUGUCAUUUGUUUGAAUAGCUAAUAAAAUAAAAAAGUAAAUAAAAAUCAUUUUAUUGAUCGAUUUUUUAACAAAAUCUGCAAAAAUUUUAAAUAUUUUUUUUUAGAAAUAAAAUUUCUGUAAAACCUUUACAGGAAAAACCUCAAAGGAAGAAGUUCUAGUUCCAAAAGAAUUAUAAAACUAUUGACAGUAAAAGUUGCGGUGAUACCAAUACUUUUUAAAAAUAAAAGUUUUUUUCUGUUUCAAGCCAUAUUUAAAGCUACUUAAAACAACUUAAUAAUAACCAUCAACUUACCUAUCAAUCAUUUUAGGUUGAACAAUGUAAAAUUGAUUGAGUAUAAAUAUUAUUUUUAUAAUACUUCUUUUGUUUUAAUUAUUAAUUAGGACAUUAUCUUUUUUUUUAUCAUAGUGAAUUGGUGUUCAUAAAAAAACUUCAUUUAAGUGAAAUCAGUGAAACAUUUAAAACAAAUUGUUUGUUGAUUGUUAUUAUUACUAAGUUGUUUUAGAUAUUAUUUUAGUUUAGAUAUUAUUGUUUUAGAUAGCAGAACUGUGUUUGAACAACAAUUUGAAAGUAAAAAAAAAUAAUCACAAAACAUUACUUCAUGUUAUUCAUAUAAAGCCUAUUUCUUUCAACUUUUCAAAAAAUUUAGGUAUAUAUUUAAAGCAUCUUAACUUCAUAUUGUUGUUGUAGUAAAGAAGAAUCUAUCGAUAGUUACUAAAAUAAUAUUUUAUAAAAAAAAAAAAAAUGUAAAAUAAAGUAGAGGAAAAUAUAAAUUUUUUGCAGAAAAACCUUAUUUCUACCUUUUCUGAAAGAUCAAGAUAUCAGCAUAGAACAGCAAAAUGCAAUGUUUUCAUUACCAUAAAAAAUACAACUUUUAAAUGACAUCAGAAAGUUGUCUGCUGAAAAUUGAUUUUUGUUCCACCCUACUCUACAUAGGUGACUUUCAUACAUGUCUCACCUGAUUUUUUUUUUUCCCACAGCUAUAGAAUGAAGUAAUAAUUCUUUAUAAUGAAAAAUUAAAGAACAAAUUGAUUUUAAAAUACUUAAGCUACUAAAAUCAUUACUAUUACUGCAGCUCUACCUAUUUUCAGACACCAUCGACCAUUUUUGGAAUUGCAUUCACAUUGUGAUCAUGUGAUAUUGUUCCCAACCAUCACUUGUGAAGUAUUACCAUAUUUCAUUCAUUAUAAUUAUCAUUUGCAUUCAUUGUAGAUCAUUGGAUGCUGCUAGAUAGUUUACAGACGGUUUGACCAAGUAUAAUAUAGGGAAAUGAAAAUGAUCUUGCUAUUUGCAAACUUUUGUGCCCUUAUUUAUAAGACAAUUAUGACUUUUAGAAUUUAAAAAAGUAAAAUAAAAAGUUCUCACUGUUUUAUAAAAUAACAGCAAUUAUUAUUAUUUUAUAAAAGUUGAAACAUUUUUGAUUAGAUAACUAUUUAAGAUCUCAAAUAACAUUCGCUUAUUACAUACCAACAACUCCCACUUUGCCCACUACUUCCUUACCUCUCCUCAAUCAUUCUCUCUCUCUCACUCAUCCUUCCCUCACACCAUGCCAUUCCUAGGAAAGGCAUUAUGCCCUGGGCUCCAUUUACCAAUAAAUGGGACCACACAGCAGGAGAUUUUAUCUUUUAAAUUAAAUAAUAACUUCAUGGCAAAAAAAAAAAUACGAAUAUUUUACUUUAAUAAGAUGAAAAAUAAAUUAGUAGAUUUUUUAAAUUAAUCGUAUUUAUAUACUUCAACUAAAUAAUAAAUAUUUAUCGACUGUAAUCUGAAAACCACCUGCUUAACUCAAUAAGACAAUAAGGAGUAGGGGUUCCCAGUGGACCCCCUGGGAACUUCCCACAGGGAGGUUUCAUGGCGCAAGUUGUGCAUCAAAAUGUUUGAGGGGGGCAUAUUUUUACGGGUUUUUGAAUUUUUGAAGGAAGCAAAUUUCGAUGGAGUUAUGAAUUUUCCGAGUAAGGGACAAGAGAAAAACAUGGAACAUACUGCAGUAAGUGUAAUUGUAUAUGAUCUAAAAUAUCUUGGUAGGUGGGGGGGAGGGUUAGGUUCUUGCGCCAUCGACCUUGGGGAGGAUGGGCACCUCUGCUCAGGGGGCACAAAAAUGUUCGAGAAUACUUGAUUUGAAUAAAUCUAUAAGCAUAAAGAUGUUUGUUGCUUCCUCCUAUCUAAACGCAAUUUCACAGAAUGUUUGUAAUUAGCUUUUAGAACCAGGUAAAUAAUCGUUUCUCGGAAGAGGUUAUGCAAUAUUCUCCUCAAGAUAUUAACACCUAUUGAGCAAGGAUUAUUCCAUUUGCAUUUUUUAUUUUUCAAUUAUUAUUAUACAACUUUGCCAAGGUUUAAAAACAAAUACGCCUAACAUAUUAUACAAGACUGUAACUAUAAAUAAAAUUACGACUAAGAUAAGAAUAUUGAUGUAUACCAACCAGAUGAAACUUCGUAAGCUGGUGCGGCUGGGGCUGAAAAAUAAGAUAAAAUAUGUAUCAGAUAUUUAUUUUUAUAGUACUUGAAACAGUCUAGCUAUUGACUUAAUAGUAGCUUUGUAAAUAUGGUAUAUUAAAAUACAGUCCAGGAUUGUCACUAGUUUUCGCGGUGUCAACUAUAUAAACAAAUAUAAUUUAUCUACAAUAUGAAUUAAUAAACGAAAUUUAUCAACAAAACACUAAAUAGUGCGUAUUUCUACAAUUCAAAAUCUCUUCUUGUCUCAUUUGCGUAAUUUACUCAGCUCACGAUUUAUCUUCACCAUAAUUUAAAACUUCAUUAUUUGAGGAUCAUAAUUUUAAUGAGGGUAAAACUAAAAUUCAUUAAAAAUAGAAAUUUUCAUUUUCAAUUCAAUUAAGUGUGAGACAAAAAUAAAAUAAUGAAAAUAGUAGAUUAGUACAAGCUCUAAUCCUGUAAUAGCAUUGUGUAACUGAGAAAUAAACCAAUUCAAUUUUCCUCAGAAUCGGACACUUUUAUUAUUCUAAAAAAAUUUCAUUUAAAAGUAUGACUAAAUAUUUUCAUAAGAUGUUAUGUAAUGGGCUAAAAAAAAUGUAGUAUUAAUUAAAGAUAUUAGUUAAAAGUGUUUUUAGAAGCAUGUUGUAUAGAAAGUCAAUUAAGAAUUUAUAUUUAUUUAUUGAUAAUUAUUAAUUAGUUUAUUUUUUUCUUAGAAUGGAAUUCUGAUGAUGGGAGAGAUUGAGAUGAGAUAAAAAUGAAUUUUUUCACAACAGAGAACAACAAUAUUUGGACGGCUGCUAAACUGUGCUGAGUUGCCAAACCACACAGUAUAUUCAUCAGUCAACAAAUGUUAUUUAUAACCGACAAUAAAGUUAAACGAGAGGCAGGAGGGGCCAUUUAACUUAAUAUGUCGAAAUGAGUACAGAGUACAGAAUAACACUUGCAAAAGCAUAGAUCAAUUAUGCGAUGAUGGAGGAUUUCCAACGAGUCUAAACCAGGGGUCUUCAAAACUUUUGGUCCUCGGGUUACAUCGAGACCUCCAAUAAGUCCCGCGGGCCGCUUUGUGACCUCCACCCAUGCUCCGCGGGCCAUAACUUGUGAUGAAAAUAAAAAUAUUAGUCAAUAAAUGGCAUUUCAGUUGUGAAAUAAGCUUUCUAAGAGAAAAAAUAUAUAUACAACAGUUGUAGUAGCCUCGUGUAUGAGUAAUUUGCUAAAUUUAAUAUAUAUUUUUUUUUAAUUUUACCAUGUGAUCAAAGAAACUUUCGAGGGCCGUUGUUUAGAUACCUCUGAUCUAAAAUAUUAGUCUCUGAAAAUUGUCUCCAUCUGCUUCCUUCUAACACCUAGCUUCGGUAAGAAAUCACUUGUAAUAAGAGGGAUGAAUCUCCUAAUUCCGGACCAAAGACCUUUAAUUAAGAAGUUUCUGUCUCCGGCUUCAUACAUAAUUUUUUCUUUUUAGUAGGGUAUGCAUCUCUUAUAAAUUUUCUCUUUCUGUGCUUGCACCAAGAUAAUAUCUUGAUCGUUUGUUUCAAAUGUAAUCGUGUUAUUAACUACAAGCCCUUUCUUUUCUGUUUGCACGCUAAAAUGUCAACGACCUUGCAGAGUCUACUGUAUCUUUACAAUAAAUUUCGAGGAAACAUGUAAAGUUGUUCAUUUCUAGGAGUUUAGAUAGCUCUUUCUUUAUAUAAUUAUGACAGCGUGUUAUAAAUAUCUGAGUAUAUUCAAAUAUACUCUUUGAAUCCUUCCGUCUAUUUGACGUGACCACUCAAUUCGAACUAUCUCUUCGAACAGCCAUGAUGAAGGCGUGAACUUCAGUUCGAAACGUCGGCAAAUGUUAAAAUAAAUAUUAUUAGUUAUUUUUGCUUUUUUAUUUUCUUGUUUGUUUGAACCUCUAAUAAUUAUUCAUUAGGCUUAUGCGUAAUAUGAAAACUACAUUUAUAAUGAAUAAAUUAUAUUAAUUAUUAAUAAUUUACUGUUUAUUUUUAUCCAUUUUUUAGUGAAUUGAAGUAUUUCUAUUACAAUUUUAACUUUCCAAUCUGCAUAAUCCAUUUUUCAGGUAACGAAAAAAUUAAGCUGUAAUAUUAUGCAUAUUUAUUAAUUUUUGGCAAUCUGUUCUGAAUAAACGACAUUCUAUUGUUAUUAUAAAUUAACACAAUAAUGCCUAUUAUAAAUAUUAUGUAUUAAGGUCGUUAAAUAUUAUAAAUUAACGACAUUCUGGCGACCUUUUUAGGUACAAGGAGCUCAAUGCAUAGGCACAAACUGUCCAGUUUGGUUAGGAGGACAAUGGACACUUUAAAGAGUUGAAAAUUAAGUAUAAAAAUUAUGAGUGAUAAUUAAUUUAAUCAACAUAAUUAUUUUAAAACUAACAAUAAACUACUAUCUAUAACAAUAUGUUUAUAAAUUAGUUUUUUUUUUUUUUUUUACGUAGUCAUGUAGUGUUGAAAACGAAAUAACUGCAAACUGGCCUACAUUAAUGACCAUCGGUCAUCCCUAAACAUCAUCAGGUACAAAAGUAAUUUCAUUAAAGAAAUAUGGCAAACGCAAAUUGUAUAUAAUCUUUCAGUUAUUCUGUUUUGUUUUUUUUCUCUUAGAGGUAGAGUGAGUAUAUUUAUCUUCUUUGUGUUGGUUAUAUCGUAACUUUCAAAGAACGGGACUUCCUGAGAGAUACUGAUGAAGAGCUUCAUAAAUCUUUCUGAAAAAAAAAACCUUAGAAUUUGGGAACUAAAUAUUAAAAAGAAGGCAAGUAUACCUCUUUGAAGAAAAAUACAGAAAAACUAAAAUGAUGAUAGCAGGAAGAAGCUCUACAAUUAAAUUAUUGGUUUUAUUUUUUUACAAAUUUUAUUUUUAAUUGAAUGGAAUUUUUCAAGCCAUGAAAAUUGUGAUUGUAACCAUCAUAGACGCUCAAGAUAAGAUUAGAUAACAUUAACUGUGUUUGUUAUGUUUAUAACGCAGAUCAUAAUUUUGCAAUGUAAUAUAAAUCAAGGUGUAAUUCCUCAAUAAAAAAAGUUUAGUAAUUUUCAGUUAGAAUAAUAUAGAUCGUAUUUUAAAAUCUAUGCACUGAAAUAGAACUAUGAAAAAAAAAAACUACUGGAAAACUUUGUACUUUGUAGAGUAUGCACGCUGAUGUUUCAAAAAUUAGCCACGAAAGUUACCAAAAAAAAAAAAAACUAUAGUGACUUUGAAUAUUUAACUCACCAAAGGCUGGUUGGGCACUGAACGCAGCUGAUGCAGGGUAGGCAUCAAUGAUGGCAGCACCUACAAAUCGGUUUUAGUGAUUGAAUAUAAAAAUAUAUAUCGAAAAAAUAAGAAUUAAUAUUUCUGGACAUAACUAUGGACGCUAAAAAUCUGAUAAAAUAGACCAAAACAAUCACAAAACGACAAAUGGCACAUUACAAAAAACAAUCAAUAUUCAAUAACAAAGACAAUCGACAAUUACAAAGUUGAAGUAGGUAAAUGAAGACGACAAAAGGUCAAUGAUGGCUGCUGUAUAAUUAAAAUAAUAAAAAAGUAGGUGCUAUAUUGGUGACCGUGGAUAAGUAUUACAAUAUUCAUCCGGAUUUUUAAAAAAAAAUUCCGUGUAUAGGAUGUAAGAUGUAAGAAUGGAAAGUAAGAUGCGAUUAACAGAAAAAUAUAUUUUAUAUGAGUGACAUUUAUUGACAUCCACCCUUGCGUCUUGGCAAAACGGAUAUUGUUGGAAGUAUCGCGUCACUUCUAUCAUUUAUCCUAUUAAUUCUUUGUUCUUCAAUUUCUAUUUAUUUAUGAGGAGGUUGAAAUUAUUAACCCCCACUAAUUCCAUCCGAACAAGAUAUCUUCGUAGUACGGGAAGUUGUCUUUGUUUACUAGCUAAGGAAUCAUCCCCCUUCGAUUCCACUGUCAGUGUACAAAGGUGUACUCUCGUAUAAUUCUUUUACCUUCAGGUGAAUCUAAAGCAAAACCUUCCUUAGAAAUUUUCCUGAAGACUUUUUUAAAAAUGUACCUUGUCUUAUAUCGAUAUGUAUGACAUAUGAUUAAAGGCUGUCGAAUUGACAUUUAUGGUUUGAUAGACGAGUCAGGGAUGCAUUUAUUUCUAAAAUACGUAAAUUAGUUAAGGAAUAAACUAGGAUGUGUGGACCACACUUCAGAUCAAUCUAUCUCCUUAUUACAUCAAUAAGUUCAGGAUCUCACCAAGCUUUCGUGGCUGUUGCAAGAUUGACAAUUAUUUAAAAUGAACAACCGAUACCAAUGACUUUUUUUUUUAACUGAUCAUGAAUUUUAACUGAAAUAUUGUAAUUAAUUUUUUACCACCCACUAAUACAGCAUAUUAGAACCCCUCAAUGAAUUUCAAUUUGCUGUUUUAAGAAUCUCACAAACAGCAUGACCGAGACAUUGACCGAAUCUAUUAAAUGUCUAAUGUAACAUGUCAGAACCACUCCAGCCAUCUUAACCUUUUAGAACAUCCUUAUUCAUCCCACCCAUUCUCUAUAUUUUUCGAAUCACACACAUUGAGAAGCAUUAAUGGGUUUAAGGUAGUAUCUUUAUGAUUAGGAUCUCCAGUAAUAUCUUUGAGAACCCUACGGCGAGAUAAAGAAAAUAAAGAAAAGAACCGUACCAUGGUAGAUUCGAACAAGCACAUUAAAGCUCAUUGACUUGCGACAAAUAACUCACCAUUCCAAGAUGCAGCAGCAA